AUGUCGACCUAUUGCUGUACACAAUUUGUGGUUGCUCGCCAUAGACUUGAUCGAGUACCAGAUGCAUUUUGGAGCUCUCUUUGGAGCUCCUUGCAUCAACGCCUCAGUGUGAAUGGCACCGCAGUGAAAGGCUUGCCUGAAGUCUGUAGGCUGCCAGCCCAGAGAGUCUACGAGCAGCGAACGCAGAGGAAUGGCCACAUGUCCGUCGCCGACUUUGCUCUUUGGGGCGAAGUGUUGGAAAGGGCAUGGCACUGGAUAUUUGGCGAGGACGCUGUGCUGCCUUCUCGGGAGGCUGACACCCGCUUGCCACUCUUCUUACGAAUCCCGAGGGUUCGUAGCGAUGCUGAAGGUGGUCCCAGAGGUACUAUGCUGGACCGUGUUUCAGUCCCAGACUGGGGCUUUGAUCCAGGCUUCUGGGGUUUGCCUCAGAUCAUUGCCAACGUGACGGGUGAGGCCAGUCUGUUGUUCAUAGUGCCGUGCCAGUCUGUUGUUCGUCGUCGUUUCGUGUAG